UCUGCCCUCCUCGUCCCGAUCCCUGAACAACAAUCAGCAAGAAAACCCUAACCCGAACCCUAAUUCAGUCUUCGAUUGGUUCGCCCCCCCGAGGAUUCGAUUGUUUUUUCUAGGGUUAGGGUUCGAGGAGGAAAGAAGAUGAGCUUUCAGGAUUUGGAAUCGGGCCGGCCGCUAACGGGUCGGAGGGAUCUGGUCAACGGCCGGUAGGAUCCGACCCAGGCGGUGGCAGCCGGAUUGUUCCAGAUCAACACCGCCGUCGCCACGUUUCAGAGGCUUGUCAACACGCUUGGGACCCCGAAGGACACGCCCACGCUCAGGGAGAAGCUGCACAAGACGAGAUUACACAUUGGACAGCUAGUGAAAGAUACAUCGGCAAAGCUUAAACAAGCUAGUGAAAACGAUCACCGUGUUGAAGUUAGCGCAAGCAAAAAGAUUGCAGAUGCAAAACUUGCCAAAGAUUUUGAAGCGGUUUUGAAAGAAUUCCAGAAAGCACAACGGCUUGCCGCCGAAAGGGAAUCAGCAUAUGCCCCAUUUGUUCCCCAAGCAACUGUCCCUUCAAGCUAUGGUACUAGUGAGGUUGAUGCCAGUAAUGAUAAAGCACAAGAACAGCGAGCAAUGCUCGUGGAAUCUAGAAGGCAAGAAGUACUACUAUUAGAUAAUGAGAUCGUUUUCAAUGAGGCCAUCAUUGAGGAAAGAGAACAGGGAAUACAGGAGAUUCAGAAUCAGAUUGGUGAGGUGCAUGAAAUGUUUAAGGAUCUUGCCGUGCUGGUCCAUGAUCAAGGGGCUGUGAUAGAUGAUAUCGACUCCAACAUUGAGAACUCCCUUGCCGCCACUCAACAAGCGAAAACUCAACUUGUAAAGGCAGCCAAAACGCAGAAGUCGAAUUCAUCUCUGACAUGCUUGCUCCUAGUGAUAUUUGGUGUCAUCCUACUUAUCGUUAUCAUAGUGCUUGCUGCCUGAGUGUCGACGAUGAAGCCUGUUUCAUUUCUGCAGCGCUCUGGUUGUUUUUCUCCUUUAUUCUUGUGCCCAGAUCCCGGACCUUGUUAAAUAGUAUUUAUCCUUAUAUAUAUAUAUAUUACCUAUUAUAGUCGUGUCUCGUCUGUAAUAUUUUGCUUUCGUCGCUUUGUUUUCUGGUUACCUUGUUCCCCAGUGCCUGAGGCUUUUGCUUGUGAAAGUGAACCGACUGAACUGACAGCAGACCGUGUACUGUAAUGAUUGUUUAUUGUGCAAAAUAAACCCUUGAGAUUCUUUGAUUGCA